CUUUCGUGCCUGCGCCAGCAGAGACAUACCGUCAUUGACACGAUGCGAAGCCAGAGACAAGGAAGGAAAUGGCCGGACAAGACGCCAGUGGCUGCUCGCUAAGGGCCGCUUCAGUGCAUGCACGACGAAAACCUGAACUUGGCUGGAACCCCUCUCUCGCAUGUGCUUCAGAUCACAUCCCUUCUGAUCGUUUCGAGCCUUGGAAUAUCGUGUAUUUUAAAAGCCUACCAUCCCAGGCCCAGUCUCCUCAACGGCUGCGUCACCUCUUCUUCCUCCGCAUUCGCGUAGUACCAAGCUCUCUUGUCCUCCCCAUAAUUCCUAUGCUUGAGUGCACAUCCGUUUAGGGGUCUAGGGUUGCCUCUCGAUCCACAUCCUACCUCUACCUCGGUGACCUCUACCCUCUCCUAGACCAUUGAUCUCCUCGAGCUGCCCCGCCCUCCCUGUAUCUCUCCGUCAGCGGUCGGUCAAACACUCAGAAGCCAGGUCUCACACCUAGACACCUUCAACCUCGCGUGGCGCUUCCUCCCCAAUAGCCGCUGCCUGGCCAGGCCACCCCAGACAUGGCCGACAUCCAGGAGACGGUGAUACCCUCGGGGCAGCACUACUCGGGCGCACACAGGGUACCGAACAUCAAGCAGUUCAUGGCGAGCUUGGAUAAGCAGAAAAAGGAGCGGGACGCCCAGAUCGAAGCCCAGGGCGGCGAUCUGCAGAACGGCACGGCGACAGAGGCCGCGCCCGACGGCGAGGCGAUCGCCCACUCCGACUCGCCGGGGAGGAACAUUGGCAAGAACCGGCGGACGGUGCGGGAUCCCAUCACGGGCAACGACGUCGAGAUCGCCGACGUCGACUCGUCCCUCAUGAAGAAGGCCAAGAACCCGCAGCUGUCGGUCCCGAACGCCAACCUGGGCAAGAGCACGCCCGUCAAGACCGACGCCAGCCAGUCGGGCGAGGAGUACCGGCGCAAUCAGGACGUCACGGCGCCGCCGGACCCCGUCGCCAACGGCAGCACGAGCGACGUGCCCAUCCAUGGCGAAAAGACCAACGUGUUGUUCCAUCCCACCCCCUCGGUUAGCUUCGAGCCCAUGUACGACGCCAUCGAGGCGCGCGCCAACCUGCUCUGUGCCGGCAUCUUUUUCUCCAUCAUCUUCAUGGGCCGGUUCUUUGGUGGCAGCUUAUGGGGUUUGAUCCCCUUGGCCUCCUGCAUCUCCUCGGGCGUCUUCCUCUGGGCCAAGGAUUUGGUUCGUCGCGGCCGCGACCUCGAGUGGUCUAGCGAACAGAAGCGUGGCGAGACGGCCGUCGUCAACUUGAUCCCCGAAUCCGUCGAGUGGCUGAACACGGCGCUCGGUCUGAUCUGGGGCCUGAUCAACCCCGAGAUGUUUGCAGCUGUUGCGGACACGCUGGAAGACGUCAUGCAGGCCAGUGUACCUGGCGUCAUCGAACACGUCAAGGUCAACGACAUCAGCCAGGGCACCAACCCCUUGCGCAUCCUAAGUCUCAGGGCCCUCCCGGAUAGCCAUGUCCAGGACCUCAAGGAUGAAAUCAGGAAGCAGGACGAGCAGACAAAGGACCCCCAGGAGCUGGCUGCCGAUGAGGAAGGUGGUGAAUUUUACAACCUUGAGGCUACCGUCGCCUACCACGCCUUGCCGUCGACCGGAGACGUCUCGUCCAAAGCUAGGAACAUGGGCAUGCAGCUUGUCUUCUACCUCGGCGUCAAGGGCCUGUUUGGAGUGCCAUUUCCCAUUUGGGUCGAGUUGAAUGGGCUUGUUUCCACCGUCAGGCUUCGCAUCUCGCUGGCCCCUAACCCCCCUUUCAUCAAGACGCUCAGCUUCACGCUCAUGGGCCUUCCCAAGGUGGAGGCGAGCUGUGUUCCGCUCGUGGAGAAGGGCGCAAACAUCCUCAACCUGCCCGUCAUCAGCAACUUUGUCAACUGGGCCAUCGCCACGGCUGCCAACAUGUACGUGGCGCCCAAGUCCAUGACGCUCGACAUCGGCAAGAUGCUCCAGGGCGACAACAUCAAGAAGGAGACGGAGGCGCUCGGCGUGCUCUUCAUCCGCAUCCACAAGGCCGUGGGCCUGAGCAAGCAGGAUCGCCGUGGAAGCCAGGGUGGUGGCUCGGAUCCGUACAUCUGCGUGGCAUUCUCCAAGUUUGGCAAGCCCCAGUACUGCACCCGAGUCAUCCAAGAUAACCUCAACCCAGUCUUCUCCGAGUGCGCCGCCCUCCUGGUGACGGCGGACGUGAUCAAGGCCGACGAGCAGCUGUCCCUGGAGCUGUGGGACAGCGACCGCGGGAGCGCCGACGACGUGGUUGGCAAAGUCGAGCUCAGCAUCCAGAAGCUGAUCCAGCACGCGGGAAAGAUGUUCCCCCAAAUCUCCAAGCUGCGCGGCGUCAAGGCCGAGAGCACGAUGCCCGGCGAGCUGCACUGGGAGGUCGGCUUUUUCGGAAGGACGCAGUUCCGCAGGGCGCUAAUGACGGACGGCAAGGACCCCAACCUCCCCAAGGAGCUGCGCGACAAGGAGGAGCUUCAGGACGACAAGGGGGUUCUCGAAACCUCGGAAGAGGAGGCGGUCGUCACCACACCCCCAGAUCCGCUGUGGCCAAGCGGCAUCGUUAGCGUCGUCGUGCACCAGAUCGUCAACCUAGAGCUCGAGAACGUGAAGGGAUCCAACGGCAAGCGCAAGGGCCGCGAGUUUGAGCCGGCCCGCCCCGAGGCUGGAGAGCUCAAGGAAGAGCAGAGCAAGAAGCUUCCCAGCUCAUACUGCACCAUCCUCGUCAACGAUGAGUUGGCCUACAAGACGCGCACCAAGGUGGUCUCUUCCAAGCCCAUCUUCGAGGCCGGCACCGAGCGUUUUAUCCGCGACUGGCGGUCUGCCAUCGUGACAGUCACUGUCCGAGACUCGCGCAACCGCCAACACGAUCCGAUCAUCGGCGUCGUGCCACUGCGGCUAUCUGACGUGCUUCUGACUAGUUCCCAGUCGACGCGUUGGUACCCCCUUGAUGGCGGCAUCGGGUUCGGUCGUAUCCGCAUCAGCCUCCUGUUCCGGUCUGUCGAGCUGAAGCUUCCGCCAUCAAUGGUCGGAUUUGGCGAGAUUGGCACGUUCGAGUUCUUGUCCGACGACAUCACCACGGCAAACUAUCCCGCCCACAAAGCCAAGAUCCAUCUCCGCACCGGUGGCAGCUCAGCGACUAUCAAGAGCGACAAGUGCACACCCUCCGAGGACGGCAGCCAACUGCGCUGGGACAUCAGCGGCAACGAGGACUCGGCCAAGAUCCGCCUCCCGGUGCGAUACCGCUACCGCAGCCCUGUAUUCUUCGAGUUCGUUCAGUCCGGGAAGCGCAAGACGGACCACUAUGCCGUUUUCUGGCUGCAGGACCUCGUGGACAACGAGGAGCGCGACUUUGACAUUCCCAUCUGGAAGUGCAACAACGGCACGCGGCUUUCGCAGAACUACAUCACGGAGGAGAAUUACAAGUCGAUCCCAGACGUCGACAUCGAGGAGGUCGGUCGAGUCCGGUUCAGGGGCCGCUUCAAGCCCGGCACGGACCGUGACCACCUCAAGUUUGUAAGCGACAACGACUCUCGCGAGACGAUUGAGAGCUGGGAGGCGUGCUUCGCCGAGGGCGUCCGUACGGAGGAGGUCCGCGGCGAGGUGCCGCCCCUCAUCCAGAAGCUCCACGACGUGUCCCUGACGCAGGGCCGGGACGUGCUCGCGGCGGCCCCAGACAGCGACAAGGAGAAGUGGCUCGCGAAGGACGGCACAGACUGGAGCGGCGCGUUCGGGCAGGACCCGGCGGACCUCAUCGGCCACCGCGGCCAGGACGACGAGCUUGACGGUUAUGAUAACGACGACGGCUCGUCGGGCACGGGAGAGUCGAGCGGCGUGGACCUGGGCAUCACGGACGCAACGACCAACGAGAGCGAAGGUCUAACCCAGAGCCCGAGCAGCAGCCCCACGCAGUCCCGGGUGCGGGAGUCGCUGGACAGCAAUGCCAGCGCGGAGUCGAACAAGAGCGACAGCAAGAACCCGAUCAAGCAGUAUAAGGACUACAAGGACAGGAGCCGCGACCUCCACCGCAAGCACCGAGGGCUGAUGCAGUGGAGACCGAUGCGCAACGUCCAGUUCGUCAAGGACGAGGCGACAUUCGCAGCCCGCCGCGUCGUGAAGGUUGGCAGCCUGAAUGGCCGAAAGCCAGACGUUGAGACUGAGGUGUGAUUUCCAGGCGCCGAGCGUUCCUUUUACGAUACCGACACCAAAGGCGCAAGAAGCUUCCGGGCUCUGAAGAGUGAGGGCGACGAACACGCCGUCGACCAUGCGCAGUCAAGACUUGGAGUGAUGACGAAACUGCACGACCUGCGAGCCCGCGCUCCAACACGUAUAAUGAUGCAAGGGAAGGGAGGGUUUUUGUAAGAUUAAUGAUUAGGUUUAGGUUGCGGGAGAAAUGGACUGGAUGAAAAGGAAAAAAAAAAAACGUGGCUGUCGAUGAAAGAGCAUGGUUUCCCUCAGCAGUGAAUGCACUGAGAAUACAAUGUUUCGGUACCCC